UGUCUGGGAUCCCUAUAACUCAUUACCCCUCGAAAACAAUAGCAUGUCCAGUCUUUAGCAUCUGUAGUCACUGACGGCGGUCAUUGAAUACUAACAUGGCGACGUCCAGUGAGAAACUUGAAGACUGCGAGGUAUGCGGGGUGAAUAACGCAAGGUACACGUGUCCCAAGUGCGAGGUUAGAACCUGUUGUCUUCAGUGUGUAAACAUUCAUAAGAAAGAAUUAGAAUGCGACGGCAUUCGAGAUAAAACGAAAUUUGUACGAUUAAACUCGUUUACAGACUUAGAUAUUUUAAGUGAUUAUAGACUUCUUGAGGAAGUCGGUAGGACAGUAGAUCAACUUAAAAGAGAUCCAUCAAAAAAAUGCACACGGCAAAAUAACUUACCAGUGCAUCUGACUAAAUUAAGGGCAGCUGCAUUUAAAAAGACAAUUAAUUUGCAAUUUAUGCCACAAAAUUUUAGUAGGCAUCAAAGUAAUACAACAUUUUUAAACUGGAAGACUAAUGAAUUGUAUUGGAGGAUAGAAUGGAUCUUUCCACAAGCAGAACAUACAAAAUGGGUUACUGAAAGAGCUUUAGACAGUACAAGAUUAUCAACACUCAUUGAAGAAAUGUUAGAUCCUGUUAAGUCAUUAGAAAACAAGAAUGACAUAGAAGAAUUAAAUUUAAAAAUGCGUUUAAAUGAGAGAUUACAGUUUUAUCAAGCAGCUGGUUUAUCUGGAAUAAAAAUUCUUUUAAAGGCAGAGAAGAUUGCAAAGUCAGAUUUAAGGUUUUAUGAAUUGGAUGUUACAUGUACAUUGCAAGAAAAUUUAGAAAGUAAGACUAUAAUAGAAUUUCCAACGAUAUAUGUAAUUUUGAAAGAUCAUUCAUAUGCAUAUGAAAUUAUAGAUACUGAUGAUGAAGCUGUAUGUGCUUCAAAUUGUAAAAGUAAUAACAAUAUAUUGAGAAAGAAAAGACGAAAAUAUAAUCAAAUCGAUACAGAAGAAGGAAAAACCUCAACUGUAAAUUAUUUCUUUAAUUCUGAUACUUCGGAAUCUGAAGACGAAAAUAUGAAUGAUGAUUGCAAAGCUAAACAAUUAUCAGGUUUUAACAUACCAUAUUAUGACGAAUUAGUUAAAACAUAACAGUAAAAUGUUUUAUAUUGUAUAGACAAACAUAAUUUACAUGUAAAUUAUUAUUUUCGAUUAAACAUAUGAAUAUACAAAUUCAGUUUUUUUAUUGUAAAUAUAAUGUACUUCAGUAUAUUAAUACAACUGAAUGAUGUACAAAUGUAAUAACAUUAGUGACAAUACAUAAUUAAUGUAACAUCCUCAUUGGUUCCCUCUCCAAAAAUAUAAAUCUAUUACCGUUUAUACUUCAGAGAAUAAUACAAUCACAAGAAUAAAUAUGACUUCUUAUUCAGAAUUUUGUAAAAUUUAUAAGUUACAUACAAAAUAAAAGUAAUACAGCUUUAAAUAAAUAUAAGAAAAUAACAUCGAUUCUCACAAUUUAUAAAUAAAAUAAUAGUAGUGGUUCAAUUACUAAUACAAUAAUCGCUCGAUAGUUCCGUGUUAGAAAUAUCCCAUACUCACCGCAUUACUCAGCACACGUACGUAUGAACGAAUGCGUGGCUGCGUUAUGUUUAAUUUGCACGCUGCAAACAAACUGCGAAGAAACACGCAUGCUACUGACGCAUGAUAAUUUCCUCUUUGUUGGAAAGGUCCACCUCUAAAGUCUCGAAAAUGAAUUAUCGAGCGGUUAUUGUAUAACAUAAUUGUAGCUGUACAUAUUGUCUUUUAUUUCAAUGAAAUUGUUAGCAUGACUUUUUAUUAAACUGGAUUAAAGAUGAUGAUACAAUAUUUAAACAAUUGUUAUAUUUAUUAGGUGACAAUAUAUGAUACUGUCUAUUGAAUAGUAUCAAUACCAUUGUAUUCCUUGUGACUAGUUUUUUUCUCUGAAUACAACUUAUGUACACUGUAUUAGACUUAAAAAUUAAAUACAUUAUACCAAAGAGUAAAUUCAUAGUAAAGUGCUAAUUUGGAAAAAACAGAGCAGUUGAAAACUUUAGUAGUCUUUACAUAAUAAUAACAAAUCUGAUAAAUUAAAUUGAA